AUGCAUUGUCGAUCUGCUGAUGACCCUACUUCAGUCAUCACCCCUUCCUCCUCACGGCGCUUGUGUUCAAGAACUGCCGCUUGUGCUUCCCACCAUUCUCUGAUCUCUCACUUCGUGUCUCCGGUGUACUCUACUCGUUGUACUAAUGUGUCGUUGGUUCGUGGUUUGUGGCUGCCCAACUUCCAGCUUAUUCAUGAAUUUUAUGUCUUCGCUGCCUCUGCCUCUCUAUCUGGAAUUGUUGUGCGUCUGGUGAAUCGACUCUAUGUGUCUCCACCCAAGGUCCUUCGCACUGAGCUCUCAUCCGGUAUGAUGUCUCAGAAAGUGAGUUGGAAGGCUGCUCAUAUUCUCUUCCAGCUUGUGAUUGAGCACUCUGUCAAUGUUGAGUUCUACAUCUGUGAAAGCCUCAUCGCAGCUGGUGCCUCAAAUGCCAUUGUUCUGACAACAAGUCUUGUUCAACCUCGAAUUAUCACAGCUUUGGCUACUCAUGCUAGUGUCCUUGCACUGUCUACGGAUGAUAUUGGCUCUUCCAACACCAUCAAAGUCAAUAAUCAGGAACGUCUUGACACCUAUGGUGAGCUGCUGCUGACACUUGUUGUGCAUAUUCAGCCACCUGAUCCUCCUCAUCCUACUUGGGCUCGCAGCCUCUAA